UUGUUGUCAAUAAUUGAGAUUUCUUCUUGUAAACUCUUCUUUUUGUGAAUUAUAACUAGUUAAACUAGAUUUAGCGCUACGGGACCAAUUUGUUUUCAUUAUUGUUGCUACGGGUCCGAUUCGUGAGAAUCAUUAGAUUUAAUCAAAAUAACUUGACCGAAUUCUGUGAUAAAUACCGAACGUAUUGCGUCGUGUUUUGUUAUUUCGUUUCAAUUUGCAUUACAAUUGAGUUUUGUCUUGCCUGUUUAUCAUUUAUUAUAAGUUUUUAGUAGCAGCCUUGGAUAGCGGUUUACGGUUCUACGUUGUAGUUGGGAAACUGUUUAAUAUGUUGAAAAUUAAAAAUGAAAAUGAUGAAACCGAAGAACGCUCCUUUGAAGGAUCGUUUGAAGUCAUCGAGACUAAACCGUUAGAUGUGGAGUUCAAAAACGAUGAAAUUUCUACAACAGAGGAGUAUUUAGUAAAGAAUGAAGGCGACAAUACUUAUGAAGUUAUGAAGCGGUAUAAUGUGUUAAAAAUUAAACAUGAGAAUGAUGAAACCGAAGAACGCUCUUUUGAAGUAAUUGAAACUAAACCUUUAGAUGGACAGCUCAAAAACAAUGAAAUUUCUACAACAGAGGAGUAUUUAGUAAAAAAUGAAGGCGACAAUACUUAUGAGUUUGAAGGAUCGUUUGAAGUCAUCGAGACUAAACCGUUAGACGUGCAGCUCAAAAACGAUGAAAUUUCUACAACAGAGGAGUAUAUAGUAAAGAAUGAAGGCGACAAUACUCAUGAGUUUGAAGUCAUUGAACCUAAACCGUUAGAUGUACAUCUCAUAAACAAUGAAAUUUCUACAAUCGAAGAGUAUUUGAUAAAGAACGAAGUCGACAAUACUUAUGAAGUUUUGAAGCGGUAUAAUGUGUUGAAAAUUAAAGAAGAAAAUGAUGAAACUGAAGAACCUAAACCGUUAGAUGUGCAGUGCAUAAAGAAUGAAAUUUCUACAACGGAGGAGUUUUUGGUAAAGAAUGAAGUGGACAAUACUUAUGGUAAUAGUUUUCCGUGUGCUGAGACCGAUUCCUCAAAAAAUACAAACACCGUGAAUUGCAAUAUUAUUGAAACUAAAAACAAAAAAUCAGAAAAAAAUAUAGGCAAAAUACGUCAGUUCGACUGCAAUACAUGUCAAAGAAGGUUUGCAACUAAAAGCAGUAUAAUCCGGCAUUUCAUUAAAUCACAUUCCAAUAUAUCGAAAGCAAAGAAAGCUCCUCGAAAAAAUAAAGUCAAUCACGGAAACAGCAGAACCAUAGGGUAUACUCAAAACAAAGAUGGCCUAUUUAAUUGUGGUAUUUGUUUAAAAAGUGUUUCGUCCAUAUCAAGCUUGAGAAGACAUUGUCGUAUUAUUCAUACGGACGUAAAACCCUUUAAAUGCGAUGUUUGUGAAAAAACAUUCAGUCUACUGUAUCAUCUUAAGACUCAUGAAAGGAAACAUACCGGUGAAAAGCCAUUUAAAUGUAAUGUCUGUAAAAAAACAUUUGGUGAUCAGUCUUCCCUCAAAAUUCACAGAAGGACACAUACCGGCGAAAACCCCUUUAAUUGCGAUAUCUGUAAAAAAACAUUUUUUUACCAGACGUCCCUCAGAACUCAUGAAAGAACACACACCGGCAAGAAGAUCUAUAAAUGCGAUAUCUGCGAAAAAACCUUUUUUUACCAGAGUUCCCUCCGAGCUCAUGAAAGCACACAUACCGGCGAGAAGCUCUUUAGUUGCAGUGUCUGUGAAAAAACAUUCAGUCAACAGUGUAACCUUAAAACUCAUGAAAUGAUACAUACCGGCAAGAAACCGUUCAAAUGCAAUGUGUGUGCAAAAACAUUCAGUCUACUAAAUAACUUAAAAAUUCACGAAAGGGUACACACCGGAGUGAAACCUUAUAAAUGCGAUGUCUGUGAGAAAACAUUUGGUUACCAGUCUGAUUUCAAGAGACAUACGCGUAUACAUACCGGCAAAAAACCCUUCACGUGCGAUGUCUGUGAAAAAACAUUCACUCGACAUUGUUACCUUAAGACUCAUCAAAAGAUGCAUACCGGCGAGAAUCUCUUUACAUGCGACAUCUGCGAAAAAACAUUCGGUCUACAAUCUAACCUCAAAACUCAUGAACGUAUUCAUAUGGAUAGGGUACGAUAUGAAUGCUCCGUCUGUGAAAAAUCGUAUAGUCGCCAAGAUAGUCUCAAAAGGCAUCAAGCAAAAGCACACGACUAAAGCCUCGUUUAUCUCUCGUGACUAUCUUUUAUUGUAUUUAAAAUGUCACGUUGAUUUCUGGCAGAUUAACCGGGCAGUUUAUGAUUAUAUAUAUA